GUGAUCCAGACCUGGCAGCGACCCAGGACAGAUGCUGAGGGCCUUGAGGUUGGGUAAUGCAGGGUGUUCAGCACCUUCUCUGGGGUGACACUUUCUCCAUCUGUACCACGAGACCAACCCUCACAGGCAGGAACACCUGCCUCCAUCCCUGAAAAAAACCUGUUUGAGGAAUAAACAGGGAUAAUCAGCUCACCAGCUGGGCUGACCGCGGGCCCUGGCUCUGCUUUUGGGGCAGGGGCUGGCAGGGCCCUUUCCACAGCUCUGUGUCCCCAGCAGCUCUUGGGGUCAUGGAAAAGCUGGUUUGCCAGGACCCCUGGGGGAGUGGUGUAGCCUGCAAAAAACAGGGAUAGAGCUGGAUCUGAGCCACAUCUUGGGGUGUAAGUGCCUGUGCAGGGCUCCCUGCUGGGGUGAGCCACUCGGAGAUCCCUCAGGACAGGGAAUUUCCCAGGUUUGGGGGGGCUGCCGGCUUGGCCGUCGGCUGGGUGUUGUGCAAGGGCCGAACUUGGAAGAAAAUCAGAAACCUCCCUUUGGAAAUACCCCUUGGGCGGGAAGUCGUGGAGGUCCCGGGGCCGGUGCUCAUGGGGGCGGUUCCUACAGGGCUUAAGAAGGGCUGAGGUUGGAGCCGGCGGCCAGAAGGAGACAGCCCCGGCCAGCAGCACCCGCUCCCUGAAAGGGGGAAGGAAGGGAAGAAGGGAAAACCAGCCCUGCUGCUGCCCUGUGGGUGAUGGAGCCGGCUCCUGUCCUUCUCCUCCUCGGCUCGCUGUGGGGCUGCAGCGGUCGCCCCGCUGACAGGCUGGUGGUGACACCGCGGGAGCCGCUGGUGCCGUUCGGGGGCUCGACGGAGCUGAACUGCUCCUUGGCCUGCGCAGGGGGCAAGGUGGAGUGGAGGGGGCUGGACACCGCCCUGGGGACCAUCUCCUCCUUCUCCACCCACAGCAUCCUGCACAUCAGGCACGCCACCGUGGCCACGGAGGGCAUGAAGAUCUGCCAGGGCAAAUGCCACGGGCAGCACUACCAGAAAACUGUCACACUGAAGGUCUACGCCCUCCCAGACACGCUGAGGCUGGAGGCAGCUCCCCACAUCCUGCGCCCAGGACACCCCGCCAGCCUGACCUGCUCGGCCACGCACGUGUAUCCUCCCACUGGGCUGGCCCUCACCUGGUACCGGGGGCACCAGGUGCUGGAGAACCUUGCAGACGUUGACUGCAAGGAUGCCGAUGAGGAGGAGCUGUGUAACGUCGUUUCCACCCUGUCGGUGAGCGGCACAGAGGUGGCAGAAGGAGCGGAGUUCAGGUGCGAGGUGACGCUGCACGUCGGGCAGGAGACCUUCACCCGGGUGGCAUCUCUGGUGGCAAGUGCUGAGGCUGUGAUGACAGCAGCCAUGGCCACCUCCACAGCGAGCCCCAGCACAGCCAGGCCCGUGGCCACCACAGCACUCCCGCCAGGGCCCGGUGUCCCUGCCAGUGAUCCCACCACAGCACGGGAGCCCAGCACUGCCACCACUCUGGAUGUUGCUGUUGUCACCAACCCCCCCUCCACGGAGCCCUCUGUGCCCCAGGACCUCAUGGCAGGCAGCCACACGGCAGGUGUGGCCACCAGCACCCUCCCUGGCUGUGGCACAGCGGCGACAGGGCCACCCGUGGGGACAAUGCCCGCCUGCAGCCUGCAGAUCAGGUCGCUGCCUCCCACCGGGACACGGGGCAGAGCCCUGCGCAUCGAGUGCCACGCUCGGUGCACCGGGAACGCCACGGUGGGCUGGCUCCGGACCCCCGCAGCCCUGUCGCAGUACCGGGAGGAGGCGGCGGGCAGCAGCUCUGCCCUGCGGCUGGACCGCGCCGAGCCCUGGCACCAGGGCCACUACCAGUGCGUCCUGCUCGGCCACCGCGCCCAGACGGUCAGCCUGGAGGUGAUGGUGGUGGAUGAUUCCUUCAGCUCCAGCCCUGCCAUUGCUAUGGGCACAGCGGGAUCGCUCCUGGGGCUCCUCCUGACCGCUGCCGUGUCUCGACGCCUGUGGAAACGAUUCAGAUCUCGGUAGCAGCUGUCCUAGAGGGGGAGCAGCCGGCUGGUGGCCUUGGCCCUCCAGCCGUGUCCCUGCUGUCCCCCGGCUGUCGCUGGCCUCUGGCCCCGGCCAGCAAGAAGGAGCAGGAGCGGAGCUGCUGCCUGCGGCUGCCGCGGCAGGCAAAGCCUGGAGGGCAAUGAGCACAGGCGACACAGGGACGAGGCCAGGGACGCGUCCGGGACUGGAUCCCCGCGGGCUGGCACCGAACACCGGGCUGGGUCCGGUGCGUGCGGCUCCCGGCACCAGCGGACGGGCGGGAGCACGAAGGCCGCUUGUCUGUCACGACACAAGGUCCCGGGGGGAGGGUGGGCUCGGCGCGCGGGUGGGACCGGUGCUCCAAUAAAGAGCUAUUUCCGUUCGAGCCCUCAGCAAAGUGUCCUUUGGGCCUGGGCGGCCCCGGUCCCGCGGCCCCUCACCGGCCCCCGGGCACCGGCGGCGUCCGCCCGGUUGCCAAGGGCGGGGCAUCUGCCCGCAGUAAAUAUGGCGGCCGCGGCGCAAGCAGCGUUAAAAACAGAGCUCCUUUGCCCACACACAAGAUGGCGGCCGCGGCCUCGCCCAAUGGCGGCGUUCUCUCGCAGCCUUCCUGCCCACCGAUUGGC